CAAAAUGUUUUUCAAAUAUUUAAGAGAACCAACGCCAAAGGAUCUUCUGACUUCUCCAGAGGCCUUCAAGUACUUUGAAUACGGAAUGUUCUGCAUGGGCUGGUAUACUCCGGAGAAGUAUAGGAUUCUCUACUACACCCUAGCCACAAGUCUUGUGGCAUGGUGUGUUGUAUAUUUGCCCAUUGGAAUCAGCAUAUCUUUCAUAAAGGACAUAAACACCUUCACGCCGAGUGAAUUUUUAACAGUUCUGCAGCUAUUUAUUAAUUCAGUGGGAAUGCCCUUCAAAGUACUUUUCUUCAAUGUUUAUAUUUCGGAUUUUUACAAGGCCAAAGAGCUGCUGAGCCAAAUGGACAAACGUUGCGUAACUCUGGAAGAACGUAUUGAAGUCCAUCGAUGGGUGGUCCGUUGUAAUUUGGCCUUUGUCAUCUACCAUAUAAUCUACAGUGCCUACACUAUCUCAACUUUCCUAUCAUCCACUUUGAGUGGAAAGUUACCUUGGCGUAUUUACAAUCCAUUUUUGGAUUGGCAAGCAAGUAGCUGGAGUUUUUGGAAAGCUGGCCUGAAUGAGACUGCACUUAUGCUUUGUUCUGUGACCCAAACCUUCUUGAGCGAUUUAUAUCCACUGCUCUAUGGUCUGAUUCUGAGAGGUCAUAUCAAACUCCUUCGGCUAAGAGUGGAGAAACUUUCCACUGAUCCUGGCAAAAGCGAUGAUGAGAACCAGGAGGAUCUCAUUAACUGCAUCAAGGAUCAUAAGCUCAUCAAAGAAUUUGCCAAUACAAUACGUCCUGCGAUUGCCCGCACCAUCUUUGUGCAAUUUCUUCUGAUCGGUAUCUGCCUUGGCCUGUCCAUGAUCAACCUGCUCUUCUUCGCCGACCUUUGGACUGGCUUAGCCACAGUGGCCUAUAUCAAUGGCCUGAUGGUUCAGACUUUUCCCUUCUGCUUCGUGUGUGACCUCAUUAAAUCUGAUUGUGAACUUCUGGAAAUGGCUAUACUGCAUUCUAAUUGGAUCAAUUCGAGUCGCAGAUACAAAUCAUCUUUGCUCUAUUUUCUGCACAACUCACAGAAAUCUAUUGCUUUUACAGCUGGCUCUGUAUUUCCCAUCUCAACGGGGUCAAAUAUAAAAGUGGCCAAGUUGGCUUUUUCGGUAGUUACUUUUGUCAAUCAACUGAACAUAGCAGACAGAUUGACAAAAAAUUAA